CGGAAACACAUCCAACAUGUUAAAACAUUUGCAAAGCCAACACCCUUUCUUUUUUCAAACAACAGUCAAAGAAGUAAAAACAAAAAGUACAAAAAGGCCUUUAGAAGACUACAUCGAAUCACCACCCUCGACUUCAAUUCAUCCACCACAAAAAAAGGCUAAAACUGAUGCUGUAAAACAACAACCUAGUUUAUCAAAGUAUAUAGGAAUCAAAGAUAUAUUCGCUCGUAUUAAUUCAUUCAAAGAUGGAGGAUUUCAGUCUAAUCAAGUCUCAAACGCAAUCCUUUACAUGAUCUGCAAAGACAUGUUACCUAUAUCGAUUGUGGAAUUUGAAGGUUUCAAUAAAUUAAUGAGUCUUGUAGCACCUCUUUACAAAGUUCCAUCGAAAAGAACGAUGACUCGUAACCUGGAGGCUAGAUACGAGAUCAUGAAAAAUGCUUUUAUUCAAGAAUUAGAAAACAUACCUUAUUAUUGUUUAACUGCGGACAAUUGGACGGAUUCCUCAACUCAAAGUUACAUUGGUGUAACGAUACAUUACCUAAAUAAUUCGAAAAUGACAGGAAGAACAAUUGGGUGUUUCCCACUGUAUGAAAAUCAUACAUCUGAAUAUUUAUCAAAAUCAAUUGAGAAAAUAUUUAAUGAUUUCAAAAUCAAAAAAGAAAAAAUCACAGCAAUGAUCACUGAUGCUGCACCCAAUAUUAAAAAAGCUUGCAUAGAUUUACUGGGCAAGGACAAGCAUCUUAUUUGAGUUGCACAUGUUGUUUCGCACUUACUACCUACUGUACUCAGUAAUUUUAAAGAAAUUAAUUCCAUUAUCGAUAAAGUAAAAGCCAUUGGGACUCAAAUAAAACGUAGUAUACCAGCUUCUGAUAAGCUGAAGGAUUUGCAAUUGCAAGAUGGAAAGACUGAAGGUACAGUCUUAAAAUUCAAACUGGAUGUUCCAACUCGCUGGACUUCAAAAACCGAGAUGUUAGACAGAUAUAUUUUAUUAGAGUCAUACAUGUAUAGUGCUAUCAAUAAAUGCGCUAAGCCUUUAGAUCUUUUAACUAGGGAAGAAGUUAAAAUAUUAAAAGAUGUGUUACCUCUCAUGAAUACCAUCAAAUCAGUAAUAACAGAGAUUAGUGGCGAUGCUUACCCGACAGCCAGUUUAAUUAUACCAAUUAUCAACUGCAUGGAGAAGAAAAUUAAUUCGAUAAUUCCUGAAACAAACAUAGGAAUCGAGUUCAAAAACAGGCUGUUAACUGCUAUGGAAAAUCGCUUCAAAUAUUUAGAGCAGUCUCCUCUUGCAACCGCAACGUUAUUAGACCCGAGGUUUAAAAAAAUUCAUUUCAAGCAGCCUCUCGCUGUUUCAGCUACUUUAAAUCGAAUACGAAAUGACGUAGAAAAAGUCUAUGUAGCAAAAGAGAAACCGAUAGUUUUAAAUAAAACGAGUUCUGACAGCAUAUGGGAUGUCCAUGAUGCCAUUUUAGAACAAUCUGCAAAUCACAUGGCUCCUGUAAUUGAAGAAAAUUUAGAGGUCGACCAGUAUUUAAAGUUACCAUUGAUUCCAAGAUCCGAAAAUAUUUUUAUUUAUUGGAAAAACCUUAUAGACAGUUUUCCAGGAUUAAGCAACUACGCUCUACAAAAACUAGCAAUUCUUGCGACAAGUGUGUCUUCAGAGCGGUUGUUUUCUAAAGCUGGGAACAUUAAAAGGGAUCGACGAAAUCGACUGACCGCUGCGAGUAUCAUUUAUCAAGGGAUGAAGAUCUCUUCUAUAUAAGCAUAUAACUGCUAACAAGAGGUAAAUACCAGUUGAGAAUAUUUAAUGCUUCAGUCAGCAAAAAUAUAGUAAGUGUACAUUAAGGAAAUAUAUCAAUUUUGUACUUCAAAAAUCAUUUUGUACUUAAAUAAAUUGUAUAUAUAUA